AUCGUGCUCUCUAUAAAUCCACACCUUUACCACCAAUUUCACUCUUCAAACCAAUUUAGAAAUUUUCAAUUCCAACCCUUGUUCAUAAAUUCCAAAAAUACCAAUGGGUGAGCAAAAUGAUGCGAAGAAAGAAGCCGGUGAGCAGAAACCGGCCGAUGCCGGAGGUGAAAAAAAGUCCGACGGUGGUCCCACCACCGUCGUUCUAAAACUAGACUUGCAUUGCGAUGGAUGUGCCAAAAAAAUCAAAAAAUCUGUCCGCCAUUUCGAAGGUGUGGAAAGUGUAAAAACGGAUACCGCCGGCAACAAACUGACGGUAACUGGGAACGUGGAUCCGACGCGCAUCAAAGAGCGAGUUGAGUACAGGACCAGAAAGAAGACAGAGAUCCUCUCUCCUCAGCCGAAAAAGGAUGUAGAGAAAAAGGAUACCCCGCCGGAGAAAACAGCCGACGAUAAAAAAUCCGAUGACAAUAAACCCAAAGAGCCUCCUCAACCGACUAUGGUGGUUCUGAAGAUUCCUCUGCACUGUGAUGGUUGCAUUCACAAAAUUAAGCGGCUCAUUUCAAAGGUCGAUGGCGUACACUCUGUGAUACCGGAUUCAGGCAAGGAUUUGGUAAUGGUGGAAGGGACAAUGAAUGUGAAAGAACUCAUACCACAUUUAAAAGAAAAACUCAAGAGAAAGGUUGAUAUUGUCCCUCCUAAAACAGAAGACAAAGGUGGUGACACAAAGGAUGACAAGAAAGAGAAAGAGAAAGGGGAGGGUGACGGAGACACGAAGGCGGCAGGGGGAGGUGGCGAAAACAAGAGCAAAGGCAUUGAGGUGGUUAACAAACUCGAGUAUCAUGGACAUAAUCCUCACACGUACACGAUGCAAAUGUACAAUCCGAGUUAUUAUAAUCAAGAUUAUGGGGUUUCGACGCCAUCUAGUUCUAACCAUGGUUAUGUAUACCAAGGUUAUAAUCAUGGGUACGCUAUGGAAUACUCAAACACGCCUCCAUUGCCUCCGCCACCUAUGUAUGUCAACGACCCUCAAGCCAUGUAUCAACCGGAGACAGGGAUGUUUAGUGAUGAGAAUCCGAAUGCUUGUUCAGUUAUGUAGAUAUUAUAACUUUAUAUAUGAAUUGUAAAAAGCAAAAGAUAUAUAGACGGAAUGGUAAAAAAUGAGAUAGAUUAUAUUGUAGUUAUAGAACCGAUUAAAUUGCCGGUUUGAAGAUUGGACGACCGGUGGUUUUAUGUUAGGUUUGUUUUAUUUUACUUUGUUUGUAAUUGUAAUUGUAAUUGUAAUUAUAAAGUAUGGUUAGAUAUCCAA